UUUUAGUUUCACUUUUGUAAGGAAGGGAAGAGCCCAAAUCUGCAAAGUCAGUGGAGACGAAAGACAUGGAUCUCUACAGACAAGUGAGGGGUGGUCCAGUGGAGGAUGACGAGACGGGGGACUAUGGAGCUGCCAGGAAUAUAGCUGAAGAGCAUGAAGAUCCCACACAGGGUAUCCUCACUAUCGGUCCAUUGAUUUCUUAUGACUCGAGUCUUUCUACAAGUCUACAAAUUUCAUUGUCUAUGCCUCCCGCGGCAGCCGAUUUUCGCUGGUCUCCAGAUGUUCUUUUUGCCUGUGACAAACUUCCCGCUUUGAAGUCUGAAGAAGUGAAGACUCUUGGCUCUCUCCUUGGUUUAUCAUCGACCAGCCUGCCCGUAGGUGUAAAGGAUUUCCUAGUGGCCUUCGAGGGUCACCCGGAUCAUUGCCAGCAACUGCGGAAACUGGCACAACAGCUGAAGUCUCUGGGAAGAGAAGAUCUAGUCAGCGCCAUGCAUCGAGAGAAGGCGGCUCUGCGCUGGCUGGGUCCAGUGUUGCCAGAGGGGCAUCUUGUAAGAGAUCUUGUUCCUUCCUUGUGGGUGCCGCUCACAGUGAAGCUGAGCCUCUCUCAUCCUCAAGGCUAUGACUGGAAAUGGUUAGCGGAACAGCUGUCCAUCCCUCGUGACUUUAUUGACCUGUGGGAACAACAAGGUGGCGUCCCAGCCGACAAAGUACUGAAGGCCUGGCAGGUGAAGGUGAGUGAAGCCACCGUGGGCCGACUCUUUGAUCUCCUGAUUGAGCACCGGGAAGAUCUGGCUGCCAUGCUAUGACGUGCGGGGCACUGAAAGUCUUUUAUACAUUGAAAUAAAGAUAUCAUGUUUUUU